AUGGUUUCCGAGACCCCUGCCACAGCCAGACUGUCCCACGACCUGCUGGCGCGGCGGCGGCGGUGGCGGCAGCUCCAGCCGCGCCCGCCACACAUACCUUCACUCGCUCGGUGCACACGCCGCGCCGCGAGCAGCGCCGCCCGCGGAGACGCGCCCAGGGCCCGCAGGGGCAGCAGCUGCAGCCUGGCGGCGCCGCCGCGCCCUCGGGCAUCUGGCCCCGAAGUUUCGCCCGCCGCUCCCCGCGUGGGCUCGCCUCACGCCCCCCGGCGCGGCCGCCGCCCGACGCGCGCUCGCCCCGCUCUCCGCGCGCCGGCUCCGGGGGCGGCAGAAGCGCGCGCGGGCCACUGCCCGCCUCCCUACGCAGCCGGCGGCUGCUCUGCGCCCUGCGUUGCGGGGCCCGGCGGGCGGGGUGCGGGGCGCGGGCCGGGCGGGGGCGUCCGGGCCGCGCGGUCCCGGGAAGCGGCGGCUGCAGCGCGCGCUGAUACCGGGUCCCCGCCGCGUCCCGGCCGGCGCGGCCCCUCCCCUUGCCCAGAUGCGUUAAUCCUUCUCCUCCCGACAAAUCCUUCAACCUGCGCCCCGCCGCCCGUCCCCGGGGGCCAACUUCUCCGGGGUCGGUUGCUGGCAGCAGUGUCCUGCAGGGAAGGAGCGGCGGGAGCCGCGGCUGCGACUGUGGUGGCGGUGGGGGCCUCGGAGCGAGGAGUCCUGGCGGCAUGUCCUUGGCUCGCUGGGUUGGUGUGGGACCUGCUCCCGCGGCCGACCCCGGAGCAUUAUGCGCGAGUGAACUGCGUGUCCCCAUGGACCGUCCGGGUUGGGUGUGGAUUCUUGGUGGUGCUCCAGCUCUCGCUCCGGAACGCCGGCCUGAAGCCGCCGCUACCUGCAGAGAGACCUGCUUCGGAGCCCGCUGCUGCCACCUGCAGGCGGAAAGUUGACGGGCGCGACGUGCUGACCCGUGGCCGCCGCAGGCUCCCUGGGUAUUUGGGAUCCAAAGGCCAGUUUUCUUCUGUAACCCUGGCCAGCUACUGAAAAGCAUUCAUAACUUUGCCAAGAAGCGAAGUUCUGUAAAGAUCUACUGCGGGACAUUGGGAUGAAGUUUCGUGUUGGAUCAGAGAACAUUGUAGGGCGCUAAAUAGCAAGAAUCUGCCCAGCACCCCUUGAGACUGAUGAAACCACAUCAAGCAAAGAGCUUUCUGUAGCCAAGGGAAUUUGGCUCCAUUGAGAAAAUGGCAUUUAUGUAGAAUAACGUUAUGCUGGGAAACACAAAUAAAGAUCCUAAAUGAUUGCUUUCUUUGAGUAGAUAUUACAAUGUAUCAGAAUGACUAAAUAGAAAUUGAAUAGAGCAUAGGGAUUCUUCUCCAGAAGCCUGAGACUGUAUUUUCAGAAAUGAUUUGUCAAUCCUAGAGAGCUAAAAAAUGAUCUGUUAAA